AAAAAACCGCUGCUCGUCUGAAUCGCUUUAGCCCGUCGAGUUAUGAAAAUACGUUAUUGUGUCUGGCUCUGAGGAUUUAAAACCCUGAGGAGCGAUGCAAUGAGACUCCAACCAGACACAGAGCACCAGGAUGGAUCAGGCAGGUGCAAGGAGCAGAAGAGGUUCAGCAUCUCGAUCCCAGGACUGACAUGUAACUCAGAGGAACAUAUUGAGGAGAGAGAAAAAACGCAGCUGUGUGAGGACAUGAAAACAGAGACAUCCAUGGAUGGAGAGACCUCAGACCUCAGUGUGAAGAAAGAGGAGACCCUGGAGCUGAAUAUCUACAACUAUGGAGACAAUCUCAACAACCCACCUGAAGGUCUCGCCGUUAAAAUGGAAGAUCCUGACAAUAAAGACUAUCUCUACUGUGAAGUUUGCAAAUCCUUCUUCCUCAACAAAUGCGAGGUUCAUGGACCACCCCUCUUCAUCCCCGAUACUCCUGUUCCCAUGGGAGUCCCUGACCAAGCCAGACAAACACUUCCUCCUGGGCUAGAAAUCCAGAAGUCCAGUAUUCCUGAUGCAGGCCUGGGAGUAUUUAAUAAGGGGGAGACUGUUCCAGUAGGUGCACACUUCGGCCCCUGCCAGGGAGAGCUGGUGAACCGAGAGGAAGCCAAGAACAGUGGAGACUCCUCGGUUGUAUACAGGAGCAUGCAGUGUGAAGAAUACAUCGAUGCCAAAAGAGAGACGCAUGUGAAUUGGAUGAGGUAUGUGAAUUGUGCCCGUAAUGAAGAAGAACAGAAUCUUGUGGCAUUUGAGUAUCAAGGGGGAAUUCUGUAUCGUUGCUGUCGAUCGAUUAACCCAGGACAGGAGCUCUUGGUGUGGUAUGAAGAGGAGUACACCAAAGAACUCAGUCCUGCACCUACAGGAACAACCAGACAGCAAGGUGUUACUUUUGUCAAGAGGUUAUAGGGGUUAUUUUCUGCAUAAUUUCGUGAAGUUUCUGAGCCUACCAGUGUUUCUGGGAUGAAAGCUGUUGUACAAUGCAGUCUGCAAUAACUAGAGCAUUCCCCAGAGAACUCAUUUUGGCCUGUUCCACCAACCAGAUAGGUCUUCUCGAUCAUAUGACCAUGACCAACCAGAGAGGGUGAAGUCUAUCAGCUUCCUUUGAGACGUGAAGUCCGCCCACUGCAUAUCUUGCUAUUGCAAAACUGACUACAGUGGUGCUUGAAAGUUUGUG